GUCACACAAACACAAGCGCACAGCAAGUUUGUUUGGUAAACAAAUACAAAGAUAACAUGCAGUGAAUCAACCAGUUCUAGAAGCAAUCGUUUCUGUUUCUUAAAUAAAUGCGUAAAAUGCAUAGAAGUUCAUUUAAUUUAUUUAUGACGUCAUAAGUGCAAAGUCCAAACGCAGCCAGCCAAGCAAGCGAACUUUGCUGGGAUCCGUGGCAUACGCCAAGCCCUCAGUUGCUUUCCGGCAUUUGGACGCUGCGGUUGACGGCAUUUUGAGCGGAGUCACAACUUAAAUUUUGGGUACAAAGACUUUAGAAGCAUGGAUCGCGAAAGCCUUUUUGUUGCAACUAAGGAUGAUGGCGACACCUACGCCUUUGAUGAGACGUUGCCAGCGCUGCCGCUGCCCGAGCUGAGCGACACCAUGCAGCGUUAUUAUGCCAGUCUAGUGCCCUUUGGAACCGCCGAGGAAUUGGCUCAAUCCCGCAGCAUUAUCGAGCAGUUCCAGAACGGCGUUGGAGCUGAAUUGCAUGCCAAACUCAAGGAGCGUGCUUCGAAAAUGAAAAACUGGCUGGGCACUUGGUGGGAGGAUUAUGGUUACCAUUUGCUGCGCCUGCCACUUUUGCCCUAUCAGAUCAUGGCUAUGCCUUGCCAGAUGAAUUUAGUGGACAUUCCCGAGACGAGCGAUUAUAUGCUGAAGACCCUUGCCCGUCAAAUCCAUCAUACGCUCGAGUUCUGGGAUCUGACGCGCAAAGGCACAAUGAAGCCUCUUUCGUCCAAUGGCGGCAAGAUUAAAUACUCCUCGGCCUUGUACAAACAUUUCUUUUCGACCACGCGAGUCCCUGGCCUCGAACAGGAUCACAUCGAGAAGCAUUUCCUGUCCAAGAACGAGGGCAAUGGACCCAACCACAUUCUCAUUGGCGCCAAGGGGCGACAGUUUAGCUUUAGUUGUGUGCACGAAGAUGACAGCAUUCUGACAGCACCCGAGAUUCUGGUGAACUUGCAGCGCUUACGCAGCAUUCUUGACUAUGAACCAGAGGGCGAUGGCGUCGCAGCUCUAACACACGAUGAUCGCACCAACUGGGCUAAGAAUCGUAAUCAUCUGCGCGAGAUUUCCGAGGAGAACAAGCGCACAUUGCUCUCGGUGGAAAACUCAGUCAUGGUUCUCUGCUGGGACGAACACUGUCCGAAUGAUGCAGAGCAAGCCUCACAGCUGUCCAUCUAUGGUGACUAUCAUUCCCGCUGGGCGGAUCGCAGCAGUUGCCUGGUGGCCUUCAAGAACGGUCACUUUGUGUACACCGGAGAGCAUAGUUGCUACGAUGGCACAAUCAGCGCUAGCUUUGCCACUUUUAUGCAACUCAGUUUCUUCGAAGUACCAGAACCCGAUUGGAGCGAGGCGCACAACACGAAGAUUAUACCCAUUGAGGAGCUCAAGUUUCAGCUGGACGACACACUCAAGUCUGAGAUUCAACGUGUGCUUAAAGAGGUCGAAGAACGAGGUAUCGAUGUCACGGCAACAUUUACAGUGUUUGAUGACUACGGCAAGGAGUUUAUGAAGAGCAUGAAACUGCAUCCAGAUUCGUUUGUGCAGGUCAUCCUGCAAUGGACAUACUACAAGAUGCAUAAGGAAAUUGCUCCCACCUAUGAGACGGCACUGAUGCGUCACUUUUACAAUGGACGCACUGAAACGUUGCGUUCCUGCACCAGCGCUGUUCACGAUUUUCUUAAGGCCUCGUCAAACACAUCCACAACUGAUGCACAACUGAUUAAAGCCUUCCGCGCUGCUGUCAACGAGCACAGACACAUGAUGGACGAGGCGCGCAAGGGAAAUGGCAUCGAUAGACAUCUCUUUGGUCUGUGGUGUGUUGCCUACGAAAACAAAUUAGACAUUCCGGCGCUCUACGAUGAUCCUUUGUAUGCCAAGAGUGGCGGCGGUGGCAACUUUGUGUUGUCCACCAGUACGCUGGGUUUCACACCCAAUGUGGGCUUUGUGGCCCCAAUGACCUUUGAUGGCUAUGGCGUCUUCUAUGCGAUUACAUCGGAUGCCAUUUACAUCAACUCGACGGCGUAUCGUGACAGCAUCAAGACGAGUGCUCGAAAGUAUAACAUCAUCUUCAAAGAGUCGUUCCGACGCAUGCGAAAACUGCUGGAACAGCUGAAGACUGAUUCAAAUUUGUAAAUUACAAGCAAACAUUUUGCAGAAACCAACAACAACUCUAGUCAUGAAACAGUAUGCAUUCCAAAGAAAAUCAGAAAAAACUUGGGAAUCGCCACAUUUUAAUCAACUGAUUACUGAUUCAGUUUCUGACUGGACAACGCUGCAUUUCCUUUUUACGUAUUUCAUUAUAAUUAUAAGUUACAAAGUGCUUCUUUGUGUGUAUGUAGCCGAUUAAAAGAUCAAAGAUCAUUAAAUUCCAUAAA